AUGGCUCGUACUCAUGGAGGUUCAUUUUUACAUCGCGGAGAGAAUUUCUCAAAGGGUGAGAGGUGGAGACCUACUGCUUCUGCUCGUAGAAGAAGUGGAUCAGUUGAGUCUGAUGUUCAUGUUGAGGAUCAUGCAUUUGAGGAGCAUGAUAUUGAAGAAUUUCAAUUCGAGACCAACAAUUUCCAUCUCCCCGUGGGUGAGAUGACUGUCACUUUAUAUGAUGUGUCAUCGUUGUUGCACCUCCAAGUUUUAGGCCAGUUAUGUCAUCUAGAGGAAUUAUAUUUUGAAGAAAGUAGACGUGCCAUUAUGGAGAUUUUAGGUGUGGAUGAUGGGAGAGCUGGUACUGAGUUACAUGCAGCUCACAGUGCGAAAGUCAAAUUGAGCUGGCUUCGAGACAUCUACGCUGAGCAUUAUGAGUAG